AUUACGCAACAUUGUUGUCACAAAGUUUUUCAGAUAACGACGAAUUUUAACAUUUAUUUAGUUCAUUGGAUUUUAGGAUUAAAACCUACAUACAACAUAUAGUGUUGAUCUAGCCCGAGUCAGGGGGCAGAGUACGCUUAUCUAUUCUUGUCAGGUGACCUUUCAGUACACAAGUAUGACCAAUGUCCCGAAUAUUAGCGUCUGAAACCAUUCCGAAUGCACCAACGACCCCACCCAUCUUUAUAUGACCCCCUACCGGUCAACAAUUUGACCGAUUUUACUCAUCUAACUCUUCAUUUUCAGCACCAUACAACAUGUGUACAAAAUUUCAAAUCGAAAAGGAAUUUAACGAGAGUCGAGAGACAGACACGGAUAUGAUGGUUCUAUAAGCUCUAACUCUGACUAAAAAUGUAGGACACAAUUUGUGUCACAUAAACUAACCUCGGCUAUCUCCACGUCAAAUGAACUUUAUGAAAUUUGAAGCCAAUGUCGAUCCUGGACGUUAAAAUAAUUCAACCAAAAUAUGACUAAUCUUAUUAAGAUGACGUUAAUUAAUUCUUUUGUAAAAUUAUCAAAUAAACUAUGAAUUUAAUUUGCACAAUUUCGUUCAGUAAGGAACGUUCAUAAUAUAUGUAACGCAAAAUUGGGGAUUAUUUUACCCCUCCCCCUUAAAACGGGUUACACCCCCUUUUCACAUGUGGAGCAAGUUAGCCUGAAGCCUCCGGAGGCGUCGAUGGGUUGCGUGGGAGGCCUCCCUCUCCACUGUGUUACCCAAAACGUUCCAAGACAUUCAGUGAGCAAAAACGUAAUUGGGUUCUUCGACCUCUCUGCCCUUUCCAAGCGGAUAGAGAAAUGAAAACUGCUUCACUUUUCUCUCCUCAAAAAUACCACACCACCUGACUCUCUCCUCCUCCUCUCCUGUCGAGUCGACAUAAUUUCGACACAUUUCGCCAUCCAUCCUCCUUGAAAGCUCGAUAAGAUGUCGUUCAUCAAUCUAAGCAGCCCUGGAGAAGAAACUUCUCCUGAAGAAUCAACAGUGGAAUCAACGAAACUUGAAGAAUCGACUGAAAUUGUACUGCCGACCAUUGACGUUAGAAUGGAGGCAUUAAAAUGGGUAAAUUCACUCCAAUUAACAACGCCAAAAAUUACGUCAAUUAAAGAGUUGAGCGAUGGCAAGUUUUUCGGUGACGUUUUAAAGAUGUUAUUUUGCAAACCGGUCAACACCGAUGAUACAACAGAGACGUUUAUAGUUUUGGAAGAGUUUUUACGCUCUCAAAGUCUUGAUAUGGAUACGCUACACAUGCAAAUCAAUUUUGAGAAUGCAUGCAAAGGAAAUGAAACGGAUCUUGUCAAAAUUUUGAUAGCUUUGAUGGGUUUAUACAGUCUGACGUUAGUAGAAGACUCCUCGCAUGAAUUUGUAGAGUUACAAAUGAAAUUUCAAGACGCACAAAAAUUACUUGAAGUUGCGGAAAAUGCUUUGCUGGAGACGACUCAAAAACUCCGGAUUACUGAAAAACAACUUUGUGAAGCUAAAAUCGCCAUACUCGGAAUGGAUAAUAAUAAUAACAAUAAGACACCUUCCCCUCUGAAGCAUUUUAUUUCAAACCCAAAGUUACGCUUAAUUCCAAGUAUGAAAAAUCUCGACGGCGGACGGAAAAUGAAAAUGCUUAUAUUCUUUGUCAUCAUGGGUCUCCUGUUACUUUUCAUUCCCAAAGAGAUUGUCAGUCUGACAAUUGAAAUAAUCUUUGGGCGACAGGAAUUUGCUUACAUUGCAGAAAAAUAUGGAACAUUGGAGCACUUGGGACCACCAAUAAUUUAAUUUAGUGAAUUUUACAAAUAUAUUUUUUGCUCUUUUGCUUUCGAAAUAUCUUUGCAAUAUACUUUUACAUAAACAUUUUUACCUUAAUUGUAGAGACAAAUAUGUAUACACUUUGCUAUGAAUAAUAUACAUGGAUGAUGAUAUGA